AUGGUGAAGACCUACAGCAACUGCACUGUGGUCCUGGAGAACCUGGAGAUCACCUACAUGGAGGAGCAUCGGGACCUGUCCUUUCUGAAGUCCAUUGAAGACGUGGGGGGAUAUGUCCUCAUUGCGCUCAACACUGCUUCUCGGAUCCCUCUGGAAAACCUGCGCAUCAUUCGGGGUCACUCUCUUUACGGCGACGGCUUUGCUCUCGCUGUUCUGGGAAACUACAACAAAAGUCUAGGCAGAGGAAGUAACGAGCUUCUCCUGAACAGCCUGACGGAAAUUCUCAAAGGAGGAGUAAAGUUUGAGAACAACCUGCUCUGUAAUGUAGAGACCAUCCAGUGGUACGACAUCGUCAACUCUGAAGUGAAACCCAUCCUGGUGCCUCCUUUGGCCAGCAACAAACGAUACUGUAAGAAAUGUGACUCAAGCUGUUACAAUGGUUCAUGCUGGGCCCCAGGUCCUCAAAACUGCCAGACUUUUACGAAGCUGAGCUGUGCACAGCAGUGUUCAAAGAGGUGCAGAGGGCCCUCGCCCAGUGACUGCUGCAAUGAACACUGUGCUGCUGGAUGCACUGGACCCAGAGCCACAGAUUGUCUGGCCUGCCGGGACUUCCAGGACGAUGGGGUGUGUAAGGACUCCUGCCCUGGACUUAUGCGCUACGACCCCAAUCUGCACCAGCUUGUUCCAAAUCCACACGGGAAAUACAACUUUGGGGCAACGUGUGUCAAGGACUGCCCACAUAACUAUGUGGUGACUGACCAUGGGUCGUGCGUGCGGACCUGCAGCGGGAACACUUACGAGGUGGAUGAGGGGGGGAUCAGGAAGUGUGCCAAGUGCGAAGGCCUCUGCCCCAAAGUGUGUAAUGGCCUUGGGAUGGGAGAGCUCGCUCAUACUCUGUGCAUCAACGCCACCAACAUCGAGUCUUUCAGAAACUGCACCAAAAUCAAUGGCAACAUCAUUUUCAUUCACACCUCAAUUUAUGGAGAUAAAUACACCAAAACACCCAAGUUGGAUCCUGCUCAGCUCGAUGUCUUUAAAACAGUGAAGGAAAUUACAGGAUACUUGUGGAUUCAGACUUGGCCCAAGAACAUGAACUCUCUCAGUCCCUUUGAGAAUUUGGAAAUCAUACGGGGAAGGACUAAAGCGAGUGGCAGACGCAGCCUGGCUAUAGCCCAACUCGAUAUCGAGAGUUUGGGUCUGCGCUCUCUCAAAGAAAUCAGUGAUGGGGAUGUUGCCAUUAUGAAGAAUGUAAAUCUUUGUUACACAAACGAAAGCCACUGGUCAAAAUUCUUCAAGUCAAAAAAUCAAGCUGUCACUUUGGAGAAAAACUCAGAAAUAUGUGCCUCCAAGAACCACACUUGUGACAGAAAGUGUACCUCAGAUGGCUGCUGGGGCCCGGGUCCAGACAUGUGUUUCGCCUGCAGAGACUUCAACCGGGACGGAAGCUGCACGGACAACUGCAACAUCCUGGAGGGAGAGCCAAGAGAAGCCGUGGCGAAUAAGACCUGUGUGGCGUGUCAUCCGGAGUGUCUGCCGGUCAACGGGACAGCGACCUGCAGUGCACCUGGGUCUGGAAACUGCACCAAAUGUGCCAACUUCCGAGACGGGCUGUUCUGCGUGGCCCGCUGUCCGCAGGGCGUGCCGGGCGAGGACGACGUGCUGGUGUGGAAGUACGCCGACGAGAUGAAAGUGUGCCAGCUGUGCCACAAGAACUGCACACAGGGGUGUAAUGGGCGUGGUCUUGAGGGUUGCCAGGCAAAAAGUAGUGGCAUGUCCAUGAUCACCGCCGGCGUCGUCGGGGGUCUGCUGGCCAUGCUGGUCGCUGGUUUGUCUGUUUUUGUGUUGCUACGGCGACGCCACAUCAAGAGGAAGCGGACGAUGAGGAGACUUCUGCAGGAGAGGGAGCUGGUGGAGCCUUUAACGCCGAGCGGAGAAGCACCCAACCAAGCCUUGCUUCGAAUCCUCAAAGAACCCGAGUUUAAGAAAAUCAAAGUGCUUGGAUCCGGGGCGUUUGGGACGGUUUAUAAGGGCCUGUGGGUUCCUGAGGGAGAAGAUGUCAAGAUCCCUGUGGCCAUUAAGGUUUUGAGGGAAGCCACAUCACCAAAAGCAAAUAAAGAAAUCCUGGAUGAGGCGUACGUGAUGGCGAGCGUGGAGCACCCUCACGUGUGUCGGCUGCUGGGCAUCUGUCUGACCUCCACGGUGCAGCUGGUCACUCAGCUCAUGCCUUUCGGCUGUUUGCUCGACUACGUCAAAGAGCACAAGGACAUCAUCGGCUCCCAGUAUCUGCUCAACUGGUGUGUGCAGAUCGCCAAGGGCAUGAACUACUUGGAGGAGCGCCACCUGGUUCAUCGAGAUCUGGCAGCGAGAAACGUCCUGGUGAAAACUCCGCAACACGUGAAGAUCACUGACUUCGGCCUGGCCAAGCUUCUCAACGCAGACGAGAAGGAGUACCACGCAGACGGCGGCAAGGUACCGAUCAAAUGGAUGGCUCUGGAAUCGAUUCUGAACAGGACCUACACGCACCAGAGCGACGUGUGGAGCUAUGGUGUCACGGUUUGGGAGCUGAUGACCUUUGGGACGAAACCGUACGAUGGAAUUCCCGCCAGUGAAAUCGCCGGAGUCCUGGAGAAAGGAGAGCGCCUCCCGCAGCCUCCCAUCUGCACCAUCGACGUCUACAUGAUCAUGGUCAAAUGUUGGAUGAUUGAUGCAGACAGCCGGCCCCGUUUCCGUGAACUAAUCGCUGAGUUCACAAAAAUGGCCAGAGAUCCUCCUCGUUAUCUUGUUAUACAGGGUGACGAGCGCAUGCACCUGCCCAGCCCCUCAGACGGCAGACUGUUCCGCAGCCUGAUCAGCGGCGAGGAGAUGGACGACGCAGUGGACGCUGAUGAGUAUUUACUGCCUCAAAAUGGCUUCUUCAGCAGCCCCAGCACUUCACAGACUCCACUGCUACAUUCAACGCUGACAGCAGUUAAAGGGAAGGAGAAUAUUGGUCAGGGGCAGAGUGAGCGAGAACAGCAGAGUCGUAGCAGUAGUAUUGGACCAACGUGUAAUGGAAGAAAUGGUUUAAUGAAUGGAUUACCGAGCAGAGACGGGAGCCUGGUGCUGCGCUACAUUCCUGAUCCCACAGACAAGUUUUUGGACGGAGCCUUCCAGCCAGCUCCAGACUACAUGAACCAAAAUGAAGUCUCAGACGUGAUGAACCCAAACUACCAGCACCCCGCCCCCCCGCGCACUCACCUCCCUACCAUCUCCUCCCAGGAAGACCCCGAGUCCGAGUACUUAAACUGCUUCAAACCCGAGCACUCCGCGCCCGAAUACCUCAACCAAACUCACGCUCCUUCCAUCACGGCAAACGGCACGUCCCACAAGAUCCACCCCCAGAAAUACAACCCCCAGACCAGCAUGGACAAUCCGGACUACCAGCAGGACUUUGUACCGCUGUUUAAGACGCACACAAAUGGACAUGUUCCUGCGGCAGAAAACGCAGAGUAUUUGGGACCAGACUGA